GGGACGAAAAACACUGCUGACAUGUUGCGAGGCUCAUAACUCGCCGGCGGGAGCUUGAGUACCUAUCAAUUAUCAAAAUACCCCUGAUUACUCGUUUUGAUAGUCUCAUGAAUUUUCUUCACGCUGCGCUGGGAAAAUACAGUGAAAUUGAAGCAACUGCUUUCUUUUUCAACAGUGAGCUGAGCAAAAGUAGAAUUCGCAUAAUAACGUAACUUUACGUGUGGGCAUUAAUCGUGGAAUUCGGAGCCCCCCAUGUUUACACAGGAAUGUAAUGUAUACUCUCGGGUCAUUUUCCUAAGCGUCGCCCAAAAGAGGACUGGGAACGAGAUUAUGUUUCAUAAUUAUAACUGACAGUUCUAGAUUACCCGCGGGUGACCUUGCUAAUUUAAAAUAAAGAAAUUGUCCAAUAACUUUGUUUUGUUGAUUCAUGUUGCACUGCGGGUCGGUAGAUUCAAGUGUUCAAGCACCUGUUAGCUACCGGUAUUAACCGGUGAUAUGACCUUCCAAAUAACAGGUGCGCGUGCGUUUUGAAGAGCACAUGCUCUUUUACCUUUUGAUCUUAUCCCGAUAAUCUCUUUUUGACGUGUAUUGUUUACGAAAUGAAAUUUGAUAUUUUUUAGCUCAUCGGACAAAGCCAGGAAUUGGACAUUUUGGUCUGUUUCACUAAUGGAAUCGCAGUUGUUGUAAAACUGGCAUUUUAACAUUGAAGGAGGAGCGAGCACACAAGAUUUCGAAGUUGAAGAUGUCAACCUUGGGAUUCCGCUUUGCAAUUUUUCUUACCACAGUUUUAUUUGCUUUUGGCCUUUUGCAUGUGAAAGGCGACAUUGCUCCAGAUAUCGUCCUUUUAAGUAACUCGGAUGGCAACUCGAUGUACAACGACCCCAUGGAGUAUCAACGCACCAAGCGGUCCUAUAUCCAUGAAGAUGACAAUGAAGACGAUGAUAAUGAUGAUGACGAUAUCGGAGACGAAGGAUAUGAUGAAGACAAAGAUGAGGACGACAGGAGCGAUAGCCCGCUGACGAGUCUUAACGAUCCUGAUUCAUCGAUGCUUCAUAAGAAAGAUGAAAUUCAUCAGAUGCAUGUCAAAGCUGUCGGGCAGCAGCAGCCAUCGAAGACGGAGGAGGAUAGUGAGAGUACAGAUGAGUCAGGCUCGUCCGAUGACGAUGAAAGUAGUAGCAGUGGAAGCGGAAGUGGGGAAGUCAGGGGAGAGCGAGUGUAUGCAAGACAACGUGUUUCAGACAAGGAAGAUGACACUGACGAAGAUGCUUCGGUAGACAAAGAGGAAGCAAGUGGUAGUGGUGAUUUAGAUGAGAAGGAAAAUAAACACAUCGCAGAAGAAAAUGCAACCAUGAGUAACCCGCGUGAGAAGCCGAGGAACUUGAUUAAAAUGAUGGUGGACGAAUCUAAGGACGCGGAACGGGAAGAAAAAUUUGAACGCAAGAAUGAUGAGGAAAAUUCAGGUCAGGAAUCUGGAUCAUCCACUGGCUUUGUCCAGGGGAGUGCCGAAACAGGGGUGUAUCAUGAACAGGAACACCCCGUUCCAAAGCCACACCCCCAAAAUGUACCCCAAAUUAGUAAUUCCACCUCAGGAAAGGACAUAGCAAACAAGAGCGAAUCAUUGCACAAAGAAACACAUUUACAUCCUAAUGACAAGGUGGAAGAAGUGGACGAUGAUCCAAAGAAAAAGUCAGCUACUAGUAAAAGCAAAAGCAAAGUCGAAAUGAAAAGCAAGGAUUCGAAAACAAAGGCGUAUAAAGAAAAAUCACUAAACAAAGAAAAAGCUAAGGAAGAAAAAAGUUCUAAAGACAAAACUGAACAUUCAUCCCAUGUUCAAGACGCGAAAAUUCACAAGAAGAACAUUGAGAAAGCGCGUAUCAGGGUUUCCAAAGUGUCACACUUGGCAAAAAACAGACUUCGUCAUAAGCAUCUGACAGGACAUGUCACGCACCCACAUGUGGUAGAAAACCAUUUAAAAGUCGUUCACAAAAUGCCUGUCAUCAAAGCUUCAUCGCAAAUGUGUCAUUCGGACAAGAUUUUAGCCGGACAUUCAUUAAAAGGAGGUACCCGAGCUGGUCACUUCCAGACCUUGGGUGAGACCGCAAGCAUGCACGCAUGUCUUCAGCGGUGUUGCAGUAGACACCCGUGUGACGUGGCAUUGUUGAUUGACGGGCGGUGUUAUGGAGUGGCUUGUUUCAGCAAGGAGCUCUGUGAGGCCAUUCCGGUUCCUCAUCCACAUUUCGUCUUCUCGCAACUCGGGUUUAUUACUAAAGGACAAAAGAGAGGAGACAUUGAGAAGAACCAAGAGUUUCACUGUCGGUACGGAAAUCUCACACUGAGAAACAACGAGCAGUGGAGCGGUGAAUUAUGUGGGGGCGUCGUUCGAUGUAAAGAUGGCAUCGCUACUGUAAAAAAAUGCUCGGGUAUUCCACCGAAACCUGACGACUGUGCCCGACCACGGCUGAUCGUAAAACACCGGAGUGGAAAAUGCUGUCACAUGAAAUGGAAGUGCAAAGCAAGGCACUGUAUUUUUAACAACCGUGUUAUCAAGCAUGGCUAUAAACUGAGCGAUCCACUAUGUACCGGAGUUGUAAGCUGUUACAAUGGCCAUUUAAACAUGGAGUACUGUCCUAAAAUACCAGAAAAGCCAAAGGACUGUGCACGACCCAAGUUGAAGACUAUCAAUGUGCCUGGAAAAUGCUGUAAAAAUCUGUGGGUUUGUUCAGACAAAAGUUGUGCAUACGACGGUCUCAGGUUAUCGCACGGAGAGAAACUCACAGAUGCGUCAUGCGCAGUAGUCAUGGAAUGCAGAAAUGGCUUCCUUCACAAUAAGCCGUGCCCAGGGCCCCCUCCUGUGCCGCAUACCUGUAUCAAUCCGCUGCUGAAGGUCAAACGUGUUCCGGGUGAAUGUUGUGAAAUGAACUGGGCGUGUGAAAUGAGCUAGGUUUCUUCACUCGUCACAGCAAGGUUGGUAUCGAAGAAGGUUCUUAGCUUUUACGAACAUGGUCAGCUGUGGUGGCGCAAUGGUUUUGCAUUGAACCUAACUCGCGAAUUCGUUGUAUUAGAUAUGUUUUUUUUUCUUUUUAAUAACUAGCUCUCAUACUUAUCACCUGUCAGGAGAUACAUGGUAGAUUUGUUGGACAAGCCAACUGAAUAUUGAGGCCCCUUCCCCAUUACACCGGAGAACAUUGUAAACGGCGUUUUCUCUCCGAAAGCGCAUCAAAUGUUUUCCAUCCACAUUUCGCCGGAGAAAUUUGAAACCCUAUCAAUCAGCGGCCAUUUUAGAUUUGCUUUUGAGGAAAACUCUGGCAGGGAAAUCCCAGUGUUAUUGUAGCGUCAUCCUUUUCUGUCCGCACUAAAACGCACAGCCAGUGUCAGUUCAAAUUCCUCUCGUUUGAAGAGCGUUUUCGGAAAGCUACGUUUUCGGAACGGAUUUUCGGUGUGGACGGUAAGCUCAACCGUAGAAAUAAAGCUGCGUUUUCAAAUUUUUCCGACGUAGAGUGAACGGGGCCUAAAUAAGUGCGUAACAGUUCACUGCACGAGUAGUUCUAGUAUUAUAAAUUUUACAUAGUUUACUCUCUCAUUUUUGGGCUUUCAGUUCAAUGAUCUAUAAAGUUUAAACAACUGAGAGACACUAACGACACUUUUACGCCACUGAAAUGGAAAUUGCCUCUUAAUCCUGACGAUUUUCCUCAACAGGCCGGGAAGGAAAAAGUAGUUUACUUACUGGAGUGGUUUUCAGAAUGUCUUAAAGCCUUAACAAAAUAUUUCACGGUAAUUGUUAAUGUUUCAUUAUGACUGUGGAAAGUAAUUCUAGCUAAGAGAAAUAUAUUUUUAUAUUUCACUUCACAUAAGUCAGAUUCAAAUUUUAUUUUUAGCUUGUUUUAAAGAGACCACUUCAAUUCACGUAUUUUUAAUGUUGCAGAAAAAAUAAGAUAAGAUGAUUGAAUAUCAUUUAUUUUUACAAAAUGUGUCACAAACGGUGGUGAGUCGUUUUAAGACAAGUGUAGGAAUUACUGACAUGCACUCUAAGAAGUCACUGGUUGAAGAAUACAGAUCUAUCAAUCGAAAUAAUAAAGCAACAGACCAACCGAACAAAUAGAUAGAUAACUAAACAAAUGAAGAAAUGAAAAAUAGAUGGAUCAAUGAACAAAGAAAUAAACAAGCAAACAAGCAAAUAGAAUAAGAUAAAAUACAAAUUUAUUGUGUAAAUACGUUUAACUAUAAGAGUGCUAUACUAGUGAAUUUAUUACACAUAUAAAAAUGAAAAUAGGAUGUAGCUAAAUUAACAUUUCCCAGUAAAAAUAAUUGAAAUAUUAUAGUAAACGCCGCGUAUAUUUAUAUAAAAAAAAACAACAAAAAAUGGAAACAGAUAAAGAAGUAAAUGAAUAAAAAUAUAAAUAAAUGGGAAAGGUAUUGUAAAAUGAUUAUGUUGAAUAUUGGGGAAGAAAAUGUAAAUGGUUCUUUGUGCGUAUUAGGUUCUUGUUUCUUUUAACCAUCAACUUACUUUGGGUUCAGGAUAAAAUUUGAUUAGUUUUGGUGUAAAACAAGACAAAAUUAAACAGCAGAAAAUUAGCGCUCGUGAAAAACAGACUUUUAGCUUCGCAUUGCCUUUCAUUCCCCGCGCGGUUCAUCUGUUUCUCGUACCCAAACUCAUUUUUGCACCUUAAAU